AUGGAGAUCCAGGGCCCACGAGGCCGCUUUGUGUAUGAAGGUCAGGGACGUUUCCUGACGGUCGACGGCAGCUGGCUGCCGCCAGCAACCUGGUUAGGACUGGUCGCAGCAGGAAGCGGCGUCACGCCAAUGAUCCAGCUUCUGCGGCAUGUGCUGGCGGAUGUGACGGACAAAACAAAAAUCAUGAUGAUCGAUGUCAACCGCACCGAAGAAGACAUCAUCGCUCGUCGGGAGCUGGAUAAUUACGCCAAGGUGCGCGCUGAGAGGUUCAGUCUCUGUCACGUACUAAGCAAGCCUGCCCCGAGUGAAGGUGCCAUUACAUACGUGGCGGGACCACUGACUCCUGCCAUCAUGGCCGAGCACCUUCCUUCACCAACAGCUGAGACCAUAGUGCUCCUGUGUGGACCACAGAAGUUCCUGAGCGACCUGUGCAAACCAGCGUUGAAUGCCAUUGGACACAAGACGCAGAGAGUGCUAUGCUUCUGA